AUGUCUUCCACACACACACACACAUUUACCGAGAAAACAAGAGGCACGCAUGCACGCGUUCAAAGAGUAAAGGUGACUCCAGUACCAAGACCAAAACCCACUACAACAAAUAUUAUAACGUCUUUACCUGUAACAACGGCGGCAGGAGCAGCAAACGAGAGUAGUAAUAGCAGCAGACAAGUGUUAAGCAGAAAUUGCACUCGGUGUAAAGAGUCGGCCAAUUGCGUGAAAACUUUGUCGGAUAAGUUGGGUAAAAUAGAUGAUUUGGUUAAUGAAUUAAAGCGAACGGCUCAUCAUCAUGGUUAUUCUAUUGAAGCUGCAAAGGAAUUACAGCGACUAGUCUCAGUCACCUCAAAUACGCCACGACCAGCAACAACCUCCCCAAGCAGAAUUGCCAUCUCAGAUAUCACAAAUCCUCCUGCAGAGAUCGAGAAGAUUGAGAAAAUUGAGAAACCAAAUCGUCCAAUGACUCUUGCACGUCAAAAAUCAUUACGAAAAGAUUCCGGAUAUACAAGCGAUCCAGAAAAUAAGCACCCCAAUAGUAUUAAUAACCUCAAUCAUCAUAAUCCUACACGAAGAGCUCAUGUGUCUCAUUUUGUUAAUCAAGAAUAA